CUGCUAUUUUGUUAGUCUUUUGGGUGUUUUGGUUGCAAUUGCGGGCAGCAGCACGUCAGUCGCGCGGGGCAGGCGCAUACGGGAAUUUUCAUUCUGCCAAUCUGGUCACCACCACCUACUUUUUUUUUUCCCGCUGGCUUCGUCCAUCCCUCUUUCUUCACUGCACCAGAUACCACCUUGAUACCCUUCCUCUAUUCUCUUUUCCCCUUUCCAAUUCCUCACACACUUCCACAAUGGGUGGCCAAAAAACUGCCAUCCUGUCCGUCUAUGACAAGACAGGACUGCUCGACCUGGCCAAGGGCCUCGUUGACAAUGGCGUACGCCUGCUGGCCUCAGGAGGAACCGCAAAGAUGAUCCGCCAGGCCAACUUCCCUGUUGACGAUGUUUCUGCCAUCACCAAAGCCCCCGAGAUGCUCGGUGGCCGCGUCAAAACCCUCCACCCCGCCGUCCACGGCGGUAUUCUCGCCCGCAACAUUGAGUCAGACGACUCUGAUCUUUCCGCCAACAGCAUCGAUAAAAUCGAUUUUGUUGUCUGCAACCUAUACCCCUUUUCCGAGACGGUGGCCCGCAUCAACGUCACUAUCCCCGAGGCCGUAGAGGAGAUCGAUAUCGGUGGUGUGACCCUGCUCAGGGCCGCAGCCAAGAACCACUCCCGUGUCACCACCAUCAGCGACCCCAAAGACUACCAUGACUUCCUUGUCGAGCUUAAAGAGCACGGCGAGGUUUCGGAGAAGAGCAGGCAGACGUAUGCUUUGAAGGCUUUCGAGCAAACCGCUGCCUAUGACAGUGCCAUCUCGGGCUUCUUCCGCAAGAAGUAUGCCGGUGAAGGCGAGCAGCAGCUACCUCUCCGAUACGGCGCGAACCCCCACCAGAAACCUGCGACCGUUUUCAUGUCGGAAUCUAAGAUCCCUUUCAAGGUCCUUUGCGGCUCUCCUGGAUACAUCAACUUGCUCGAUGCCCUAAAUGCCUGGCCACUGGUUCAGGAGCUCAGCAAGGCCCUCAAAUAUCCCGCUGCCGCGAGUUUCAAGCACGUGUCUCCCGCCGGCGCAGCAAUUGGAGUUCCCCUUAGUGAGGAGGAGAGGAAGGUUUACAUGGUCGACGACAUCGAAGGCAUUGAGAAGUCUGGCUUGGCACAAGCUUACGCAAGAGCGCGUGGUGCCGACCGCAUGUCCAGCUUCGGCGACAUGAUUGCUCUUUCACACGAGGUGGACCUCCCCACUGCCAAAAUCAUCAGCCGAGAAGUCUCGGAUGGUGUCAUUGCCCCCAAGUACUCUGAUGAGGCACUUGAGGUGCUGAGGAAGAAGAAGGCUGGAAAAUUCCUUGUUCUUGAGAUGGACCCCGACUUCGUCCCAGGUGCUGAAGAGACGAGGACCGUUUUCGGUAUCAACCUCCAGCAACACCGCAAUGACGCUAAGAUAGUGCCUGCUGAGACUUUCAACACUGUUAUUGUUCCCAAGAACUCAAGCCCAUUGCCAGAGUCUGCCCUGCGCGACCUGACUGUCGCUACGAUUGCUCUCAAGUACACACAAUCCAACAGUGUGUGUUACGCUCUCAACGGUCAAGUUAUUGGCCUUGGAGCUGGUCAACAAUCCCGUAUCCAUUGCACCCGCCUUGCUGGUGACAAAGCCGAUAACUGGUGGAUGCGCUUCCACCCCAAAACUCUCUCUCUGUCCUGGAAGAAGGGCACUAAGCGUCCCUCCAAGUCCAAUGCUAUCGAUCUCCUCUGCAGCGGCCUAGUACCCGACUCAGGCAUCGAGCGCGACGACUUCGAAGCCAACUUCGAAGAGGGCAAGGUCCCAGAACCCUUCACUGCCGAAGAGCGCAAGGAGUGGUUGGAGAAGCUACAAGGCGUUGCUUUGAGCUCCGACGCCUUCUUCCCUUUCAUCGACAAUGUCUUCAGGGCGAAGCGCAGUGGCGCCAAGUACCUCGCCGCACCCACCGGCAGCCAGAACGACGGAGCCGUGUUUGAGACGGCUGAGAAGUUGGGCAUCACGUUUGUCGAACAGCACAUUCGGUUGUUCCACCACUAGAUAGCAUUCGAGAACUAGAAUCUAAUGGUGUGGUAAGAAGAGUAAGCCUGCUGAAAACGUCGUGAGCUCCGUGUUUUGAAAGUUGGAUUGCAGGGUGAGAGGGAAAAUGAGAAUGGAGGGCGUGAUCAAAAAAAGGAUCCAAAAGCUUUUUCCUUACUUCUUGUUUAUGACACCCGCGUAGUAGAAACC